ACCUAUUCCAUACCCAGUGCCCGUUCGGUGCACGCACAUAUCUGCCCCGUCGCUGUCUCUGCAGCUGUCAUCCAUCAUCGGCCCGCCCCUUUCCCUCUGCGCCCCUCGCUCCAUUGUCUCUCCGACCGCCGCCUUGAAACCUCUCCCGUUCUGACGUUUCGAGUUUCAACAUCCACCACUGAUCACUGCCUGUUGACUGGCACUCCAAUCUGGUGACUCGGGCGAUUGCGUGCUUCUACCUAGGUAUGUGUGCGUCUACGGCCGGCUUUGUCGCCCCUCUAGUCGUUGCCCCCCCUCCACCAACAACAACACCGAGUAGUGGGACUGACUUGCGGGAUUGAUAGACACGCCUUCACCUCCACUCUUUCCUUUGGAUCCCUCGUUUGGAUAGUGCUGCCCCAGAACUCGACUGUAACCCUAGUCCCCACGCCGUAGCCUUCUUGCCUUCUCCCGUACACCUUCUAUCCACCCUCCAAGGCACCUACUUCCCAAUCCUCUCUCACCAUCACCUCGGAACCCCCGCGUCAGUAUGGUCGUCGCCACUAUAAAAUGCGUAGUCGUUGGUGACGGUGCUGUGGGCAAAACAUGUCUCCUCAUCAGUUACACGACUAACAAGUUUCCCUCGGAAUACGUCCCCACCGUGUUUGAUAACUAUGCCGUUACCGUAAUGAUUGGUGACGAGCCUUAUACCCUGGGCUUGUUUGAUACCGCUGGUCAAGAAGAUUACGAUCGACUUCGCCCCCUCUCCUAUCCCCAGACAGACGUAUUCCUGGUUUGCUUCUCGGUCACAUCACCCGCAUCUUUUGAGAACGUCCGAGAGAAAUGGUUUCCCGAGGUUCACCACCAUUGCCCUGGCGUUCCAUGCUUAAUCGUUGGUACGCAGGUUGAUCUCCGGGAAGAUGCUUCUGUCAAGGAGAAGCUUGCCAAGCAACGAAUGCAGCCUGUGAGGAAAGAGGAUGGCGAGAAGAUGGCCAAGGACUUGGGUGCUGUCAAAUACGUCGAAUGCUCUGCUCUCACACAAUUCAAGCUGAAGGAUGUUUUUGAUGAGGCUAUUGUUGCUGCCCUCGAACCCCCGCAGACGAGGGAUGCCGGCGGAAAGCCGGGCAAGACCAAAAAGAAGAGCUGCGUAGUGCUAUGA